AUUAACCCUCUUGCAAAUGAUGAAGGCGGAGAACAUGUUACAGAUGCCUGUCUAAGUUUUAUUAAUGUCACUUUUAUUUCAGCGAAUAUCUCGGCCAGUUCACACACAACAGUACAGACCAACAGACAACUCAAACAGAGAGGUCAACUCCACCUCCCCGUACAUUUCCUGUCAAUUCCUCUCUCAUCUUCUUUUCUUCUUCCUGUUGUUUUCUUCUAUUUUUUUUUUAGGUGUAUUCCUAGAAAGAAAAACCAAUAAAAACAGAUUCCUGAUUCAGUCUUGGAAUAUUUGUUAUACCAAGAAAACUAGUAUAAAUUUUUUUCUGAAUUCUUUUAAACUUUAGGAUUCAGAUAGUAUCAUAAUGGGUAAAGGAGGUGGUUGCAUAUUCAGCAAGAAAAGAUCAACUUUAGAAGCAUCGGAUCAAGAUCCUCCAAACCCUGAUAGGGCUGUUCCUGUUCAUUCCCCCAACCAAACUCCUACAGCCAUCACAGUUGAAAACAGUUCAUCUCAAGAAGCAAAAAAACUAAAAGUAUUCAUAGUUUUUUACUCGAUGUACGGCCAUGUAGAAUGUUUAGCUAAAAGAAUGAAGAAAGGAGUGGAUUCCAUUGAUGGGGUUGAAGGGUUUUUGUACAGGGUUCCUGAGACACUGCCAAUGGAUGUAUUGGAACAGAUGAGGGUGCCUCAGAAGGAGGAUGAGUUGCCUUUCAUUUCAGUUGAUGAAUUGGUGGAGGCUGAUGGGUUGUUAUUUGGUUUUCCCACGAGGUUUGGUUCCAUGGCAUCACAAAUGAAGGCAUUUUUUGAUUCUACAGGCCACUUGUGGGAGCAGCAGAGGCUUGCAGGUGUGCCUGCUGGGUUCUUUGUCAGCACUGGGACACAGGGUGGUGGCCAGGAGACUACCGUCUGGACAGCUAUCACUCAAUUAGCCCACCAUGGGAUGCUUUAUGUUCCUAUUGGCUACACCUUUGGUGCUGGAAUGUUCAAAAUGGACUCAAUUAGGGGAGGGUCUCCAUACGGUGCAGGAGUUUAUUCCGGUGAUGGCACAAGGGCACCGAGCGAAACAGAGCUGGCUCUUGCUGAGCAUCAGGGAAAAUACAUGGCUGCGAUGGUCAAGAGGUUUGCCGCUCCUCAUUCUUUGAUAUCUGGUGACAGCCUCAUCAACUAGGCCUCGCCUAAACAACAUUUGAUUGUCUCCAUCAUCAGUCAGUUUCUUUUUCCUUACUUAUAUGGAGGUCUUCAGAUAACACUUGUCAAUAGAUUUUAGAUAACCAAGUGCCCCAUACUUUUUUCUAGCUUGAAUUACCUAUAGUUCCCAUUUUAGAGCUUAUGCUCCCUUAUUUGUUGCACGUGUUGUAUUUGUGUAUGAUUGAAAUUCUUAAUUUUUGUUCACUGUAAGAUUAAUUCAUUAAUAACAAAAGAGUGAAUUUGCAAUAACUUCUUUCUUAUAAGUUGUAUCCCUGCAUGAUGAACUGAAUCUGAGCCCCCCUUAAACAAAAUUAUAAAAAAAAAAAAAAAGUGUUGUACCCAUUCCCAUUUUAAAUCACCUACUACUGCAGGAUUUGGAAAGAAAUAAUGAUCUUCAAUAGAUGGAUAGUCUUCUUGUGCAUAGCACCAUAGCUUCGAUCCUGGUUGGCGCAACUGGCAA